AUGAGAGAAAAAACAUAUUUUACAGCAAACAUUAGGAGAGACAACAUGCAAAGUCAAGAUUCAGAACCAGAUAAGGAUCAAGAAAGUGGAGAGUCAUCAUAUCAAGCGUCCAUGUCAUUUAUCCAGAGAGGAAAGAAGAGGGCGAACGAAAAUGAUAGAAAUGUUGAUAACAUAACCACGCCCAAUUAUGCGACGCGAAGAAUAAUCCACAAAGGAAAACAUAAUAGUGUGAAAAAAUAUUGCAGGUUGAUUUCCGACUUACAAUUUCAUAAUGUGGAUGAAGUGUCGCAACGCGCUCGGCAUUUCAUUGCCAUGUUAAAAUGGUCGGUGGUAAAUUACGAAACAUUUAUAAAAGCGGGUUGGAACGGUAAACGUAGAUUCAAUAUUAUAUCAACACCACGAAUUAAGAUCAAAUCCGUUUCUGCCACCUUUGAACAGCAUCCCAAUAACCAACUUAAGUCAAUCACCACAGCACUGUGGUCACUUUAUGAUAAGGGCAUAAUUCAUUCUCGUGAAAUCUCACCUGCCAGUUUUAUAAGCAGUCCUUCCGAAAGCCACGUUAAAAUUGAAUUAUGGUCGAAGAUCUUUUCUGCGGGCUCAUCAAGAUCGGAUUUUGCGGCGGUCGUAAAUAACCAGUUCGAUCUUCAAUUUCCAUUUUUUUUGGUCAAAUUCGGAAAUAAUGGAUUUGAAGAUUCCGUCGUGGUGGUUGCAGAGGCUGUUUACGAGUUUAACAGGCUUCUGAGUUUUAUACACCACCCGACUGAAGAAGAGCAACAAUCAUCACUUAUAUACGUUCAUGAUGAUGUGUUGUCAUUCAAUCUUAUGGGCUCUGAUCUUGAAGAAAAUGUAGGAAAUGCAUUGCGACUAACAACAUAUUUCCGUGAAACAGUUUGUACAAGUGGCACAUUAAUUAGAUCAUUACUAAACAGGCAGCCGGUGGUAACGUUCAAUUAUGACUUGAUGAUGGCAUUGCCGGAACUACCUCGUGAGGCCAUCAAAUCGCGAGAAUUAUAUACUAUAGUCGAUGAAUCUGAAUCUAAUGAAUUGGAUUCAUCUAAUUAA